CCCGCGGAGAACGACAUGCUUGUCGAUGACUACGAUCAAUAUCCUGCCGAGAAGACCGAUGUCGUCGUCGUUUCCCGGUCGGGCUCCGACGAGCCCGACGCUGCACCGAGGGCAGAUGACGGUGCGGCUAUGAUGGCAAAGGUCCUCCCGUUGAUCCCGGACCUUGAAACCCUAGACGAAUGCUAUAACUCAUGGCACCUGAACGAUUGGCGAAAGAUGGAGCGCAAGUCCCAUGGUCCCAUCUUUCAGUGUGGUGGCUCCCCAUGGCGCAUCCUCUUCUUCCCCUACGGCAAUCAGACAGAAUUUGCUUCAUUUUACCUCGAACACGCGUGGGAGGGCGAACCACCGGAGAAUUGGUAUGCGUGUGUACAGUUCGCGUUGGUGCUGUCGAAUGCGAAUGAUUCUACCAUUUACACACAUCAUGUUGCGACCCAUCGUUUCACAGCGGAGGAAGGCGAUUGGGGUUUCACUCGAUUCGCUGACCUGAAAAGUCUGUUCAGCAUUGCGUGGGAGGGUAAAUCUGUCCCCUUGGUGCAGGACGACGAGGCAGUUGUUACCGCCUACGUCCGUGUAGUGAAAGAUCCUACUGGUGUUUUGUGGCACAGUUUCCAAAAUUAUGACUCAAAGAAAGAAACUGGCAUGGUGGGAUUGAGGAAUCAGGGCGCCACAUGCUACUUGAAUUCGCUUUUACAGUCGCUGUACUUCACAAAUGCUUUCCGCAAGGCCGUAUACCAAAUACCAACUGAGCAGGAGGCCUCGCGUGAGAACAGCGCGUGGGCUCUCCAGAGAUUGUUUUAUAACUUGCAGACAAACGAGACGGCGGUUUCCACCACCGAGCUCACGGCAUCUUUUGGCUGGCAAUCGAGCCAAAUUUUUGAACAGCAAGAUGUACAGGAGCUUUCACGAAAGCUUAUGGAACGACUGGAAGACAAAAUGAAAGGUACCAUUGCUGAAAAAGUUCUGCCCGAGCUGUUCGUUGGAAAAACAAAAACAUACAUCUCUUGCAUCAAUGUCGAUUACGAGUCUUCUCGCGUGGAAGACUUCUGGGAUAUUCAGCUUAAUGUCCGGGGCAACAAGUCCCUGGAUGACAGUUUCAGGGAUUACAUCCAGGUUGAGACGCUCGAGGGUGAGAACAAGUAUGACGCCGGGCAACCCUACGGUCUGCAAGACGCCAAGAAGGGUGUCAUCUUCGAGAGCUUCCCUCCCGUUCUGCAUCUUCACCUCAAACGCUUCGAAUAUGACCUCAAUCUCGACAUGAUGGCCAAGGUCAAUGAUUAUCACACAUUCCCCAUGGAGUUCGAUGCGGCUCCUUAUCUUUCCGAGAGCGCCGAUAAGUCGGAGUCUUGGGUUUACCAAUUGCAUGGCGUCCUCGUCCAUAGCGGCAACCUUGAUGCUGGACAUUACUAUGCCUUCCUCAAACCCACCAAGGAUGGACAGUGGUACCGCUUCGACGAUGACCGAGUCAACCGAGCCACCGACAAAGAAGUCCUGGAUGAGAACUACGGAGACAGUCAGCAGCGCACGAACGGGGCCGGAGGCCGAGCUGCUAUCCGCACAAACAACGCCUACAUGUUGGUUUACGUCCGUAAGACAAAACAGGAUGAUGUGUUCUUCCCAGUCACCAAGGAUGAUGUGCCCUCUCACAUUGAGAAACGUCUGAUCGAAGACCGCGCGGAGAUGUUGCGUCGCAAGAAGGAAAGAGAAGAAGCCCACCUUUACAUGAAUGUCGGCCUCCUUGACGAAGAUGCAUUCAAGAGCCACCACGGCUUUGAUCUGACUAGCAACGAUUUGCCUGCGGAUGAUCCAGCACUUGCCAAGCAGUACAAGAUCCUGCGGGCCAAGAAGGUUCGCGACUUUGCACAGGAGAUCGCUGAAGAGCGUGGUAUCAAUGCGGAAGCUAUUCGAUUCUGGGUUAUGGUCAAUCGCCAAAACAAGACAACUCGACCUGAUCAGGUGAUUCGUGACCAAGACAUGACCGUGGAAGAGGCCUACACCAAAUUCGGCACCAAGGGCCAGGUCUUCCGCUUGUGGAUGGAGGUGGCUCCCACGGGCGCUGACGGGCAACCUACCUCAUGGCCUAACAAUGAUUCAAUCCUCAUUUUCCUGAAAAACUAUGACAUCCCGACUCAGACAUUGACCGGCGUUGGCUCUGUUUACGUCCAAAAAAGCCAAAAAGUGAGCGAGCUGGCCUCGACGAUCCUUUCCAGAAUGGAUUGGCCUGCCGGUACAGAAUUUAUGCUCUUCGAAGAGAUCAAGCAUAACAUGAUCGACGUGAUGAAGCCGAAGCAGACUUUCCAACAAUCCGAAAUCCAGGACGGCGACAUCAUCACCUUCCAGCGCACAGUCAAGGAAUCGGAAUUACCACCCUCUGCACUUUAUACAGAUGCUCGACAGUUCUACGAUUACCUGUUGAACCGCAUGGAGAUCCAAUUUGCCCCAAUCAAGGCCAAUGAAGGGGACACAUUCACCUUGGCUCUUAGCCGCAAAAUGACCUACGACCAAAUUGCUAAGAAGGUUGGUGACCAUCUUAAGGUGGAAGAGACUCAUCUCCGAUUCGCACCCGUGAUGGCUAGCACUGGCAAGGCGAAGCCUUUCCUAAAGCGGAACGUCAAUCAGACACUUUCCCAAAUCCUGAAUGGUCAGUAUGGUACCUACGGAUACACCAUGCACCGGUCAGAUGCUUUGUACUACGAGGUCUUGGACAUGAGUUUGAGUGACUUUGAGAGCAAGAAGUUAUUCAAACUAACUUGGCUCCCGGAGGGUAUUAGCAAAGAGGAGAGCGUUGAGCUUUUGGUUUCCCGCAGCGGCACUGUAGCAGAUCUUCUGUCUGCAUUGCAGCAGAAGUUAGAAUUGGGCGACGAGCCGAUUCGCGUUGCUGAAACCCACAGCGGAAAGGUGUACAAGGAGCUUCGGCCAGAUCAAAACGUGGCCGUCAUCAACGAAUAUGCCACCCUCUACGCUGAAAAGAUCCCUGCCGAAGAGUCAAAUAUGGAUGCCGAAGAGCGGGUUAUUAGUGUGUUCAGCUUCGAUCGCGAGCCCAGCCGCACGCACGGGAUUCCAUUCAAGUUUGUUGUGAAGCCAGGGGAACUCUUUGCGGAGACCAAGAAACGUCUUUCCGCUCGCACACAGAUCAAAGGCAAGAACUUUGAGAAGAUCAAGUUCGCUGUGGUCCCUCGGACGUCCUUCUCAGCUGCAAAAUAUCUUGAAGAUGGUGAUAUCUUGUCCGAUGUAGCAGCUAGCGCAGACGACUUCCUGGGACUUGACCAUCCAAACAAGAGCCGGAGCUUCUGGGGCAAGAGUGAUGGAUUCUCCAUUCGCUAA